GAGUCUAGUGUGAUCAGUACGUACUCGGCUGCAGUCCAGACCAGAAGUUAGCUUCUGCUAUUGUUGUUGCUGCUGCUACUGUUGACGCUGCACCUAGAAGUAGUUGCAGCAAAUACUGUUGCUAAUAGCUAAGAUCAAUAUCGAGAAAAGCAAACUUCGAGUGGCGCUCGCACGCAACUAAAUCAUUUAUAUAGAAAACGUACAUUCUACGGUGAGAACAAAGUGAACAGAUAUUCACACAGUGGCUUUGAGAUCGCAUCCACUAUCUAAAUUGCAUGUUUACGUUGUUUUAAAACCUUAAUUUCGGUUCAGCAGUUCUCUGGCCCGCAGCGCAUUGUGAUAAUGUCGGAUAGCGUGGAGAUAACGAUUCCCCUCGUGCAAAAUGGGACGAAUCUUGUCUUUCAGAACAUCUGCUACAGCAUCGGGCAACGAAAAAAGGAAAAACAUCUGCUAAAGAAUAUCUCCGGGAAAUUUCGCGCUGGUCGUCUCACCGCCAUUCUUGGACCGUCUGGUGCCGGUAAAACGACGCUUUUGAAUGUGCUCAGUGGCUUCAAAACCCAGGGUGUUAGUGGUAACAUUGUGAUCAACAAUGAAAUCAUCGAUCGACACCGCUAUCGUCAACUGGUCGCAUAUACUGCGCAAGAUGUGGCUCUGCUACCCAACAUAACGCUUCGUGAAAGUCUCCACUAUGCAGCGGAUUUGAAGCUUCCCAAGAAAAUCGGCGAACAAAAGAAGAUCACUAUCGUCAAUGAUGUGAUCGCGGUGCUAGGAUUGCAAAAAUGCGCCGAUACUCAAGCUCAAAUGCUUUCGGGAGGCGAGAAGAAGCGUCUCUCGAUCGGUAUGGAGCUUGUUUCCAAUCCGCAGAUAAUGUUCUUCGAUGAACCGACAAGCGGACUCGAUAGUGUAGCCUCCUAUCAAGUGAUUUCCUACAUGAAAGAUCUGGCACUACAAGGCCGAUGUGUGGCGAGUGUCAUUCAUCAACCUAGCUCCGAGUUGCUGGAGCUGUUCGACGAUGUCUACGUAGUCGUUGAUGGGCGAUGUUUGUACCAAGGAUCGUUGGAUAAUUUGAUAACAACGUUCGCAGAAGCCGGCUUUCAAUGUCCACCCUACUACAAUCGCGCUGAUUUUGUGUUGAAAAUUGCAUCCAAAUACGAUCAAAAGAAUGUGGAGAUUGAAAAGAUGAUAACCGCAUCGGAGAAAUUCAUGAACGCAGAAAUUAUCCACGGUUGUAUUCAGGAUGAGGUCGGCAAUAACGCGUUUCUGGCCGAUGGUGCUCAUGGCGCUCAAUAUCCCAUCACCUGGUGGGAACAGUUCUGCAUUCUGACCCGUCGCACAACGCUCGGAACGAUCCGUAAUCCUGCGCUGAUGGGAUUACGACUUUUUGGACACAUACUGUUUGGAUUUACCAUCGGAUUCGUAUUCAGCAACGUGGGAGACGACGCAGCAAAGGUCCUUUCAAACAUUUCGUUGCUGAUUGCAUUCCUCAUGUUCAUCAUCUUUGCCAACGCAAUGACUGUGAUUCUUACCUUCCCAAUGGAAAUGGCCGUCUUCGUACGGGAGCAUAAAAGCAACUACUAUUCCGUCUCGGCGUACUAUUUUUCGAAGCUCGUCGCUGACUUUCCGUGGAUGAUAUCGGGCGUAACAGCAUUCCAGCUACUUAUGUACUAUCUCAGUGGUCAGCUGCUCGAAACUGAUCGUAUCAUCAUGUUCUGGGGCAUUUGUGCACUCUUUGGAUGGCUGUCCCAGGUAUACGGGUUGAUUGCUGGCUGUCUCUUCCCUAUCGAAGUCAGUCCAUUCAUUGUGCCGGCAUCGAUCAUUCCCGCACUGUUGUUUUCUGGAUUCUUCAUUCGCUACAACGAGUUGAUGGACUUUUUCAAACCACUCACUCUGAUAAGUUAUUUCCGAUACGGAUUCGAAGGACUAGUGCAGGCAACGUACGGUCACAAUCGUACGGAGCUCGGAUGCGCGGAGAUCUUUUGCUACUACCGGAAGACGAGCAAAGUACUGGAAGCGUUACACAUGGUACCGAACCGGUAUUGGUCCGAUGUGCUUGGGUUGUCUAUCUGGAUUGUGUUCCUGCACGUGGUGUUGUAUUUCAGUCUGCGGUUCAGGCUUCGCUGGAAUCGCUGAAUGAUGCAUCGAAACUGGUCGACAAAUGAGCUACUUACCAUUUAUCAUCGCAUCGCAGCUGUGAGAAAAAGGCUAACAGAAUAUUCUACCUUCAUUGUACAUUCAUCGAUACCGCAAUGCUGUACGAUGCUGCCAUGACACCAACGAGAGACGGGAGCGGAGACAGGAGUUAUUUGUACAAGUGUAAGCCGCUACAGCCAGUCGUAGACUGUUGACUGUAUGAAUGAAUAAUCAGCCCAGAAUCCCCACCAGAAGGUUGCGUGUGAAUCACGUUGCGCAACAUUUGUUGGAAUAAUUUUCUACAUUUACGUGUCCUAUGGAUGACUAUCUAGUGUAAACGAAAUGGUAGAGGGUUAACAGAAAUAAACACCAGUACGAUGAAAUGAUUUGUUAAGUCGCA